UUUGCUCCAAGUAUGUAUGAUUUUUGCCUUUUCAAUGCUAUAACAAAUGGCAUCGACCUCAAAGAUCCCAUUGACAAAAUCAGACAUGACUUGGAGCAAGCUUAUUUAAAAAUUACAAAUAAAGAGAAUAUAGAGGCGUCCAUGGAAGCCGAAAUAAUUAACUUCUUUAACCUCCUUGAAGAAACCCGAAACAACAAUGCAUAUGUUGUUUACGGUCUGAAGAUAAAAGACCUUGUUGGAAAAAGGGGCUGGGAGGGCCUCUAUAAUGCGUAUAUUUUGGAACCAACUAAGGCUAUGCAAGCGAAGGCCUUUAUAGCCGAUUUGCAACACCAAAAUGUUAACGAUGUUGUAAAAGCAGUAGCCCAAGCAAUUUCAAAAAUAACAAUAGAAAAUUGCGAUGAAUUAUUGCUGUCCGGAAUUCUGGAUGUCGAGGAAUUAAGCAAGAAUAAUGCACGAUCUAAUUCAAGAGGGGCUAUGGAUUCAAUUGAUAACACUACCCGGCAACGUUGCAAGCUUUGUUGCUAA